AUGCUGCACCAGUUCGGUCGCCGGGCUAUUGGCAUCUCGAUGGUGGCCGCCGUUGGGUCGACCCUUGCCUUCUUCUUCGGCUACGUGCAGCCCCGCCAUGAGAAAUACGAAAGAUUUUUCGCGUGAGUUUUAUUUUUUAUUUUUGUAGAGUUUUUGAUGAACGUCUUUCCACGGGAUACAUUAUUUUACGGAAUUAAAACUGGUAAUAGGGAUGGUUUUACUUGAAAAGUUCCGUUUCUCGAUAUGCGGUUUUUUUUAAAUUUUUUAUUAAGCUUCUCUAGCUCUGAUUCAAAGCAUCUGAGUCCUAAAUUUGCCCUUUUAUGGAUGAUUUUUCAAUGAUGUUUCUUUAGUUCGCUUCAAUUUCGUAUUUUGUCGGUUUGAACAUCGAAGUGGAUUUCAAAACAUUCCGAAGAAUAAGUUUAAAGUUGACAAUCUAAAUCUUCAUCAGAUAAUUCAGAUUUUCCAACCUUCCUUAAAAUUUUUUUUUUUUGGAAUGUUGAGUAAGAACUACUUUUGCCAGUCGUUUUAACAUUAGAAAAUCUUUAUUUUGUUCUUUUUUCUGCCAAUCUAAAUAGUUUUCUAUCUGAAGAGUACACGGUUUUCGACAUGAAUGAAUCUAUGACCGUUUUUUCAGCAACUACGACCCGUACACGCGGAUGAAGGAGAUUUGCGCCUCGAACAAGGGCUACAUGCACACUUGCCCGCAAGAACUCGCGAAGCUUUACGAGGAGAAGGGAAUCGCCGUCGCCGACAAGUAAAAUCUCCUUCUUAGCCUUUAGUAUGUGUCCUUCAAAGUUUGGUACUUGUUCAUACCGAUUAUAAAUUCUUUUAUUUAUUUUGAGUUCCUCCCGAAGCAGUUUAUUUGAAGAGAAUCGUUGCGAAAAGACGUGAUUCGAGUUUAUGAAUGAUAAAUUUUUCAAGGUAUACUUUCGGUUUCAAAGUUUACAGUUUCAUAAAUACCCUGAAGUCUUAUAGUUUUAAAUAUUCUAGCAAUAUUUUAAAUAUGGAUUUUUUCAAACAAGAAAACUUUUUUUGUGCUCGUUUGAAUUUUUUUGAUGAAAGUUUUUUUGAGCAAUAAUUUAAGACUUCUUAGUUUUUAGAAGAAAAAAAGGAUAUUUCUAGCUUUAUCGAAUUUGGUACAGUGUAGUUUUGCAGAAAGGUGAACGGGCGGAUCUGUCACAGAAAAAGGCUUUUUUUAUUUUUUUAAAGCCUUUUUCGAUACCUUUUAAAUAAUGAUUAUUGAUAAGAGCCGAGGCUAUUUGAAUUUCAUUGGAGACUUUUAAAUUACUUUCAAACUUGUACUACCUCGUCGGUUUUUUUUUUUCUGAAAACUGAAAAGUAUCGUUUUUUUGUCAUUUGUUUUUCUCUUGGUUGAGGAAGAUUCAAUCAAGAACGUCGCAUUUCAAUAUUUCAUGUGAUAUGAAUUAUUGAAGGUGUCAAUCGGAUAAUAUCAAAUAGGCUUCCAACCGACUAAGACACUUGAAGAUUCCUAUUUUCCUGAGAUUCUAUCUCCGCCUUUGUUUUCUCUUAGUAAAGCUCUCUCUCGAGUUUCUUUUCCUGGGAAUUUCCUCUCUAAGAUUGCACAUUAGGAGCUGGAGUGAAGACGGAUAAUCGGAGAGAACGCUGAACUCGCCAAGAUCGCCUUUCGUUCCUUCUUUUUGCCUGCUCUCUGUUUUUUUAAGUGUCGAAUUACCGGUUAUCGAUUUUGCUGAUUAUCGGGCCGCUCUUGACUCGAGCGAUUUAGAUCAUCCAUUAUUGAGCUCAGUUUAUAAUUGAGAAAAUUUUUCAAGUUUUCUGUUUCCGAUAGUUUUAAAGUUUCUCAGAAGGUCUAAAAGAUUUUCCACAAUUUCGCGACAAUUUUUCUGGUCAGAAACCUUCCAAAUGAUGUGCAUGACCUUUCAAUGAGCUAAUUUAUUUAAAGGUUUUUGCUUUUUUCACUCCAUCAAAUGUUCAAAAAACCUUCAUCGUUUUUAAAUUAUUGCAAAAAAAAGAGGCGUGCCUCGGAAGGCCGAAAAUUGCAUUUUCUGGUCGCGAGCGCUUGAAAUGCCGUUAUGCGUGACCCUAGACGCUCCCACUUUGCACGGCUGUUUUGUCGAGUUUUUCUCUUAUUUUUCCAGAAAGAAUAUCUUUUUUAGCCAGUUUAUUUCGAUAGUGAUUAGUUUUCUCGUUGUCCAAAAGGUGAAACUUUUACGCCUCCAGGACUUUUUUUUUUCGAAAUGGCAGUUAAUGAACUCGAAACCGCUUUUUUCACAACUCUUCAGGACGGAUUUGCAUAAGAAACUCGCAGAAACGUUUGCACUUUUCUCAAUUUUCCUCCAUUUUCAGAAGUUUUUCAAAGUUUCGUUUAUGCAGCUUCUUAGAAUCGAGUUUAUUAGUUAUAAGCUGCUGCUUUCGCCUCAAAAAACAUUUUUUAGUGGGAUGAAGAAAAUCGGAUUGCGUGAAUAGGGCGGACUCGGGUUCACACGUAUUUCCGUGACUUUCUCCGCAGAUCGAGUGUCGCUUCAGCUAACUGACGCGCUUUUUUUUGACCAAAAAUACUCCAAUUACUUACUUUUCACUUUUUUGAAACAAAUGAACCUUAGAGUCCUUCGAUUGAAUAUUUUCGGAGAGCAGACCCAAUAUCGAGAUGAAGUUUCAAAUAAAUAACUGAACAAAUUUUCAACUACCGAGCCUAUCUGGAGUAUUUUUCUUUUGGUUUGAAAAACAAGAAAAAUUGUUCAGUUCAUACAUAUUUCAACUUUAAGGCGAAAAAGUCAGGCCAGAAUAUAAUUGAAAAAAUUUCAUAUUUUCCUCACUUUUUUGGGCUCACUUUUCUUCGAACUUUUUGAAAAUACCAGCAAAAGUUUAGAGAAAUUAAUCCAUUAUGGACCACCUAAAAAUUAAUCAAAGAGAAAAGGAUUUUCCAAAAAAGUUCAUCCAUUCCGUGUAAAAUCUUCAUUCCGUGUAAAAUCUUCACUCGAAGUGGUAGCUCUCAUUCCGAGGCUUCCACCUAGAGCACGGUCUCCGGGCUCCAGCUACACCAUCCACUACAUUCUGAGCUCGUCAAGGCGCAACUGGAUGAACUACGCGCAGAAGGACGAGGCGAAGGACCGUAAGACCAUGCUUUCAACUCUUUCGACUACACGUUUGGACUUCUAGUUCGCCAAAGGCGGUUGUUCGUUAUAGCUUUUAAAGUUCUUGUUCACCGCCUAGUCGAUUACAUCAGACUAAAACAACAAAAAAUAAAUGAUUGAUUGAAAAAUGAUUGAUUUGAGUCUUUCUUUCGAGGCGCUGGCUGAUUUUAAAAGUGGGAGGGGCUAGAGCUUCACGUUGGAGCAAUAAAUCCAUCAGGUCGACUCCUCACAUCUGGAUCUCGUUGCAUUCUUAUGUUUUCGUUUAUGAUCCCUCUAAGCUUUACCUAAUUUUUCGUUCUGUGGGAGAAAAAUGUUGCAGAACUCUUCAUUUCAUUCGCCUUAAAAAAGGGUUCAUGGAAAAAUUUUUAAAGGAAAAAAAUUAGUUAAUUAUUUUUAAUGUUUGUAUUCAUAAAUAAGUUUUCUCUUUAUUUUUAACCUUGAGACUUUCUUUUUUUAUCGGUUGAAGUUGAAACAUUGAAGAAUUCGUUUUCCAACUCUUUUCGAUCUCUUCCAAUUAUUGUUGAUAAUUUUGAAGACACAUGUUUUGUAGAGUGCAUAGAUUGUGUGUGAUAUUCUCGAGCCAAUUGCUCCUCGAUUUUGACGAAUCGACUGACAAAUUGUGGCUUUGCGGUCGCCACUUUUUAUUUAUUUAUUUUUUCUCUUGCUUUCUUUAUUUACAGGAAAAAAAGAAAACUGCUGUUCUUGCGGUAUUGAAUAGUUUCCGUCAGCUUUGGCCAAUUUUUAAUUUAUCUUAAAAUAUUAUCAAAAUCUCACUUUUUGAACCAGUAUUUGAAGGUCGCUCAGGUUCUGCGGUUUUAGUUAAGAAAAAUUCAAACUCUAGGAACACACAAGUCGUUUGUGGUCGGGUGCGCCUUCAAAGUAACGACUUGACAGCCGUCACCUGUUGAGCCAUUCCAAAAUAGUUUUCGCGACAAUUCGGCUGCCUGUAAAUUGACCGUACGAUAAUUCCUUCGAUUUUUUUAAAGUUUAAUGUGGAAAAUCUAAACCUAUUUAGUCUUAAACUAAUUAAUCGGGCGAGCAAACUUGAUUCCAUUAAAGUUUGGUGGAAGUGUUUAUUUUUAGAGCGGUUGCUAUUUUGAAGCUGGUCGCCUACAAACAGGUGAAACGAUCGACAAUAUGUCAGCUCUACGUGAUACCUGUGUCACUCAUCCGUCCGAGUCCGACCCAUCACCCACCGCAUAACAACACAACUUUACCUGGUUUACCUUCACACACCUGCUAAUUGAACCUCAUUCUUUCUUUCUUCCUAGUCUUGUGAACUUUGGCAGUUUUUUUAAAAGAGAUUAGACUGAAAUUCAGUAGAUUUUGCUUAGAUUGAUUUCUGCUUUUUUUUGUUAAUCUUUUAAAGUCCGAUCCUAAUCAAAGUAUUUUUUCCCUUUGCACCCCUAGAGACCUGUUUGAAAAAAUUUUUGAAUCUUUUUUGACCAAAAAAUAUUCUGUAUUAAUUCUGUAUUGUCCGUCCACUCACUUCAUUCACUUUUCCACGUUUUUCCUCCAACUAAUCAACCAGUCGCCGCCUCUUUUUAGUGGGGUCCGUGCCUAUUGGUUUCCUUGUCACGUUAUUUGGCGGCGUUCCCCUUGGGACCAGCUCCUAA